GGCACAUCUUCCGCGAUCUUAUGCUAUAAAAAGUCUUUCGAGAGUCAAUCUAGGAAACGGUAAGAAACGUGUUAGUGUUUUUAGUUAAAAUCAAGACACGAUCCAACGAGGUUCGUAAAGGAAAACUGUGACUUAUCAUCAUAUCUAAUUAUGAAGCUCCAUUACAUAUUGGCAUUAAUUACACUUCUGACAGUGGCUUAUGCAGCCGACGUCACUCAAGAUUUAUUGAAUUCAUCAUUGAAUUCCCACGAUGAAAGUACGAGUCAAGUAAGAGAGAAGAGAACUAUACUUUUAGGAAAAACUGCACUAAUUGGAGGUGGUGGUGCUCUUCUUGCUAAAAAAGCCCUUCUCAUUGGAGGUGCUGCCCUUGGAGCAAAAGCAUUGAUUGGUGCUGGCUUGUACAAAGCUAAAUAUUUGGAAAAUGGUUACGGAGGUGGCUAUGGUUUUGGAGGCGGAUAUGGUUACGGAGGCGGAUAUGGUUAUGGAGGCGGAUAUGGUCACGGAGGUGGAUAUGGUUAUGGAGGUGGCUACGGUUAUGGAGGUGGCUACGGUUAUGGAGGUGGAUAUGGACAUGGACAUUCAACUUAUCACGGCUCUUAUUGGCGAUAAUUUUAUAUACUGCGUAUGUGUCUAAUACAGUAUCAAAGUACUCUUAAGAGAUCUGUCUGGGAACAUGUCUGAACUCAAUAUUUUUGA